AACAUUGAAGUUGAAGUUAAUUUAUUAACUAAAAUAUCAAUAAGGAGAACAAAGAGUGAUGAAUAUAAGUCUAAGUUUAAUAGAUAAGUUGUAUUAAAAAGAAAUACUUGUACAGCAAGUUAUUGUAUUGUAAUCAAACACUGUUGUGUCAUCUUUGCGUGUAGUAUUUGUUAUUGAAUGUACCAUCCUCGUUUAAUAUCGGCAUCGGCAGUUGCGCGCGUGGCCGAUUCCAGUUCGUGUCGCGCUAUUGAUUGGAUCAUACUGCGAAUUGCGAAAAAAUCGCGGGCAGACGUUUUCGCAAUUACUUACUCACGUACUGCCGCACUUAUCAUACGUCUUGCUUUAGCAACGCACGCGAGCAUGAUCGCGAAGUUAAGCUUCGUCAUUUUGUUUAUUUACGGUUCAUUCCAUUGGAACUCCCUGGGACUGUCUCCAGUGAUCUUAAUCCCAGGCGAUGGUGGUAGCCAGUUGGAGGCAAAGUUGAAUAAGACUUCGGUGGUACACUACAUUUGUGCCAAAGUCUCCGCCGACUAUUUCAAUAUCUGGUUGAACUUGGAGCUACUGGUGCCGUUCGUUAUCGACUGCUGGGUGGAUAACCUGCGGCUGGAAUAUGAUAACGUCACGCGCACGACGCGCAGCCCGCCCGGCGUGGACGUGCGCAUACCCGGUUGGGGCCUGCCCGAACCCGUCGAGUGGCUCGACCCUUCGCACGACAAGGCGGGCGCGUACUUCAACACCAUCAGCGAUAUGCUCGUCUCCAUCGGCUAUGUCAGAAACGUGUCUCUUAGAGGCGCUCCAUAUGAUUUUAGACGAGCACCCAAUGAAAACGGAGAGUUCUUCGUGAAGUUGAAAGCAUUGGUGGAGGAAACUUACAAUAUGAACAAUCAGUCGGCGGUGACGCUGAUGGUGCACAGCAUGGGUGGCUCGAUGGCUAUGCACUUCCUGCGUUCCCAACCGCAGGCCUGGAAGAAACGCUACGUGCGGCGGAUGGUAUCGCUGUCGACGCCGUGGGGAGGCGCCGUCAAGGCGCUCAAGGCCUUUGCCAUCGGUGAUGACCUGGGUUCACUUGUACUGCGGCAGAGUGUACUGCGCGCAGAACAAGUGACAUGUCCGUCUCUGGCGUGGCUGCUGCCCUCUCGUGCGCUCUGGCCUUCUACCGAGGUGCUUGUGCAGACGGACAAGUUCAACUACACCAUCGACGACUUCCAGAAACUCUUCAUAGAUAUGGGGCUGCCGAACGCUUGGGAAAUGCGCAAGGACACUGAGCGGUUCUCAGGCGACCUCACGGCUCCUGAUGUCGAGGUGCACUGCAUCUAUGGGUACAACAUCUCUACCGUGGAGAGGUUGAAGUACAAGCCGGGCACGUGGCUAGAUGGUACGCCGACGUUGGUGGGCGGAGACGGCGACGGCACCGUGAACCUGCGUUCGCUGCGCGUCUGCGAACGCUGGGCGAAGCUCUCGCGCAACGGCGGUGCGACGGUCAAGUCGCUGCCCCUGCGAGGCGCCGAGCACCUCAAGAUCCUGCAUGACCCGCGAGUGCUGGACUACGUGCGCACGCUCCUGGCGCAGCCUUAGACUAAAGACAAACACGCGACGGAAUUUACGCACGCAAUUACGAUCGUAAACAGUCAGAAUGAAGUUGUUGCUGAUGCGGGACUUUUACACAUCAGCGGAUGUGGAUGCUGAUUUUUGCCCUUAACAUGAAUAGAUGCUGGAUAAUCUAUUUAAAAAAAAUGAGUCGAUUUUAUGACAUUAAGUAAUUAAAAAUCAACCUGCUUAAAAUGAAUCAAUCUUGUAGCUUAAUCCUUUCGUGGACAGUACUUAACUAGUGGCGCACACAAAAAUGUCAGUACGUUAGCUGCCUUAGUGCUUAUAUUGAUUCAGUAUAAAAAUUCAAAGUACGCAAUAUUAGCGCGUAGCGUCAUCUAUGAAAGUAUGUCGACAACCAGUUAGAUUAGAAAGAUACCUUUCCAGUUCGAAUUCGGCCGGAUCGAAGGAAUUUUUUCUGAGUGUUCGAUUGAAUUUUGUCAGGACGUUGUUGAUACUUCUCUAUGGAAAAGCAGUAGGUGGCAAUUACACAGAUAGCACUUGGGGAUCACACUGUAAAACUCGCAAUUGGUUUUUUGAAAUGCUACCAUAUUCUGAUAUUCAAGUUUGUGGUAAACGCCGUUCCUGUCCAUGAACGGGUUAAUUAUACUGGUAUUGUAUCCAAAGUAAGAACGAACGGUCGAGGUUACUUUUUUGGAUGGCAGUCGGUUUUGAAUUUGUUUGUAAAUUAUUCCAGCGUGCCGUAAUACCCACUCCAUUAGGUCAUGUCGCAACGCGAACAAUGGAUAUCAGAGGCUGAUGGAGAUGCAAAUAAUUUAAUUUAUGCUGGUAUACUAGCAAACACAAACGUCAUAACGGUUGCAAAUAAUGUUCUAUUUAUUAACCGACUUUAAAAAAGGAGGAGGUUCUCAAUUCAACUGUGUUUUUUUGUAUGUAUGUUACACGACAACUCCGGUAUUUGUGAACCUAUUUUCAUGAUUCUUUUUUGUUGGAAAAAGGGU